AUGAUGUUCGACGAUAUCAUCUGUGGCAGCUGUGUUUUGACGCCACUAAGCCAUUCGUCAACGGUUACGAGCUACGCAGCAAUUUAUGCAUUAUUCAACGGUUCAGUUUUGGCCAACGUUAUCGAUGAUCCAUCACGUCAAUGGUGGGUUGCGGAUGGACGAUUCAGUUUCGCUAAACCAUUCUACGGCCUUCGAAUCGCUCCGAUACUUCCCGAAGAUUCUGGAGUUUAUCGUUGUCGACUGGAAACGGAUCCGCUGUUCGCGUUAACGAUGUCCACAGCGCAUGUUGAAUUGGCUGUGAUGGUUCGACCUGUGGCCCCGUCCAGCCCAGACGUGAAAGCGUUCUCCAACCGUUCCGUGACUCUUGCGUGGAAUCAUAGCACGGCUCGUGCUCAUCGACCUAUUAUUCGCUUCUCUGUUGUGGUCAGAUCCGUAGAUGACGACUCACGUUUCGUGAUUCCGGCUCCGUCGAAUGCGACGACGGUUAUAGUGGACAACUUGUCGCCGGACACUUUGUACGCGUUCGCUGUUCGAGCCGAAAAUGCGGCCGGGCAUAGUCUUUUUGGACCAGAAACUAGAUUUCGUACGCUUGGCGAAGCACCAACAACACCACCGGUUGUUUUGGCUAUCCGAAAUACCACUGAAGGUUGUAUUUCUAUUGCGGUUGAACCGCCACCGGAUAUGCACGGUAAAUUGGUUGGCUAUCAUUUCAUGCUUCAACGAUUGGAUGAUAGUGAACCGAGGAGGGAAUUUUUUCCCAGCAAUUUGAGUGGUCCAUACAGUAUCUGUCGUCUACAGUCUCAUUCCUCCUAUGCGCUAUCGUUAGAGGCUGACAACGGCUUUGGACGAUCACCACCGGCCAGGAGGGUUUUCUACACCGAUGAAAGCGUUCCAAACGGUGCUCCAUCCUCUAUCGUGGUCACGCCAGCAAUAGGUGCUCCUACGAUUACCGUACAUUGGAGAAGGCCGAACACCUCGUCCGGAAUGAUAACGCACUAUCAUAUUUAUCACAAAAUGCGUGGACAUGCGAAAUGGAAAGUCGAUCACCUCAGUGUCACCCGACCCGAGCAGACCUCAUACAAAUUCGAGCUCGGUGGACUAGCACCAUCCACGAGGUAUCAUUUCCGGCUAUCCGCUUCAAGUACUAAAGGAGAAGGUCAACGAAGUGUUGAACACGUUGCGACCACCGAUGUUGCAGUUCCUCCGCCGGCGGAAAUCAUUUCGGUCACUUUUGAUUGCAAAAAUGGAAUACAGCUGCAGUGGACGAAUUUGCCAAGCCACGUAUGUCAUGUAGAAUUGAAGAAUGAGACCAGUGUCCUGCGAUUUAACACUACUGCCUCAAAGCUGGACAUCAUAUCGCUAUCGCUCCAGGAUGAAUACAGAACAAGAGUAAGAUGCUCUGUACGAAGCACGGUGGAUAAUAGAACACUUAUACCCGGUCCAUGGAGUCAAGAGCAACGAUUCCUUCUCAAUCAUCAAUGCGCCUACCAGUCAUCCGUUUGUUCGCCGAACAGCAAAUGCAUGCAAUUGCGAGAUAACUCCAAUUCUCCUCGUUUCUCGGUGCUAAUCGCUACUGCCGCUUUGUUCCUUUUCGUGAUUCUUUGUUUCCUAAUCAUAUACUCGUUGAAAGGGCGAUGCUUAGACAUCAAAAUGCUAAUGAAGAAAAAGGAAAAGUGCGUUUAUCUGGAGGAAUUAAGUCCACUUGUCUACGACUCUUCAACAUGCGAUGACAUUCCUGUCGAGCUAUUCUAUGGGUACUGUGAAGAUUUGGCACGAAAUGGCAACGCCAAAUACAAACAGCAGUUCCAGCAAAUCGAGCUCAUGACUUCAUGUGACUGUUCGGAACCGGAUAUGUUGGAGAAGAAUUUGGACAAGAACAGAUAUCUCAACAUCGGUGCGAUUGACGCGUCUCGAGUUCGAAUCAACUCGUCCACGAACGGAUCUGAUUACAUCAACGCUAACUACAUUGACUCCUGUGAGAAACGUAACGCCUAUAUUGCCACCCAAGCACCGCUCCCAUCAACAUUCGCCGAUUUUUGGGAGAUGAUCUGGCAGGAACGAAGUAAUAUCAUCGUCGUCAUAACGAAUAUGGUCGAAGAUGGAAGGAGAAAAUGUGAUCAAUACUGGCCGAGUUGCAACGGAUCACCACAGAGUCAUGGUUCGUAUCAAGUGGGACUUGUCAACGAAUCCACUAAUACGCAUUUUGUUCACAGGAUCCUGAGUUUACGUAUAGCAAAAUGUGUUCCACCAACUGAACGACGAGUUCAUCAGUUGCAUUUCAAAGGUUGGCCGGACCAUGGGGUACCAGAUACGGUAUUUCCACUUCUCACAUUCAUGAAUUACGUCGCUGAAAUCCAUUCCACCGGGCCUAUUGUGGUACAUUGCAGUGCUGGUGUUGGGCGAUCCGGUUCCUACAUUCUUGUGGAUAGUAUGCGACGUCAUUUGAUAAGUUUUCGUAAACUGAAUCUUAUGGGUCAUCUCAUCCAUAUGCGUAGACAACGAGAAAAACUCGUACAAACUGUGGAACAGUACAUGCUAUGCCAUGAAGCCGUACGACAACUCAUUCGGCAUGGUAUAACACGGGUUCAUGCAGAUCUCUUUCAAAGGUACCUCAACUAUUUAGGAGAAGAAAAUGUGAACGGCAAAACAAGGAUGCAAAUGCAGUAUGAGGAUCUCUGUGAAUGUCAUCACAAUCCAACCUGCACUCAUCCGACUGCUUACAUAACGCUACCGGGCUACCAUCGUUCGGACGAGUUUAUCGUAGCGAAUUGGACGAAGGAAUGUCCAGAGCUAUGGCAACUCAUAUGGUCUCAGAACUGUCAAACUGUAGUUCUAUUGGGUGAAAGCGAAUACUGGACAGGAAUUGAGCAUGUGGAUGAUCUCACCAUUCAACACGGUGAAAACUUUGUGCUGCUACAAAAUAACGAAGACCAGCUUUGUGUCCGAAUUGUUCUCGUCACUCGAAUGGCUCUGGAGUCAGAUUUUUGGGCUGAAAUCGAGCGGAUACAGCAAGAACGACUCGCAUAUCAUGAUGCUCCUCUGCUCAUUAUCAAUCCGAUACGACCUGAUACGAUUCAGAUCUCAUCUUCUAGUCGACGUAUUUCAUCCGAAGUUCCCCCACUGCUCAACAAUGUUACAUCAAAUAGCUCAACCUUAUCAUUGUCAUUGAUUUAUAACGGUGAUCCAUCACCAUCCUUAGCGUACUGCCUCUGUGCACUAACGUCGUUAGCAUGCCAGUUGGAACAACAAGGAUGUGUCGAUGUAGUGCUACUUCUGGCAUCCUACUCUCAUAUCCACUGUGGACUUUGGACCUCUAGGCAGGAUAUUGAAAUGAUCUAUGAAAAGCUGGCGAUCCUCGUCAACACAUCAAGGGUUCUGAUCUGCGGGGCGAAUCGUCAAGCCCGUAUAGAAACCAUUUUGAGUUCCAUAGUUGCGGUACGUGGUCGUCUGCUACGGUAUCAGAUUCAGCAAAGGCUACGAAUGCAUUAA